AUGCAAAGCGGAGACAUCUGGGAUUCUUCUUCGUCCAAUCUUCAGUGGAGAGGGAGGGGAGGGGGGGUGGUUUGGUGGAGAGGGAGGGGGGAGUGGUUUAGUGGAGAGGGAGGGGAGGGGGGGUGGUUUAGUGGAGAGGGAGGGGGGAGUGGUUUAGUGGAGAGGGAGGGGAGGGGGGGUGGUUUGGUGGAGAGGGAGGGGAGGGGGGGUGGUUUGGUGGAGAGGGAGGAGGAGGGGGGGAGUGGUUUAGUGGAGAGGGAGGGGGGAGUGUGGAGAGGGAGGGGAGGGGGGGUGGGUGGUGGGUGGGGGAGGGGAGGGGGGGGUGGGUUUGGUGGAGAGGGAGGGGAGGGGGGGAGUGGGGGUGGAGAGGGAGGGGGGGAGUGGUUUAGUGGAGAGGGGGGGGGGGGGGGUGGUGGUUUGGUGGAGAGGGGGGGGAGGGGGGGGGGGGGUUUGGGUGGGGGGGGUGGGGGGGGGGGGUUUGGUGGGGGGGGGGGGGGGGGGUUUGGUGGAGAGGGUGGGAGGGGGGGGUGGUUUGGUGGGGAGGGUGGGGGGGGGGGAGUGGUUUGGUGGAGAGGGGGGGGGGGGGGGGUUUGGUGGGGGGGGAGGGGGGGGGGGGGGGGGGGUGGAGAGGGGGGGGGGGGGGGGUGUGGUUUGGUGGAGAGGGACGGGGGGGGGGGGGGGGUGGAGAGGGAGGGGAGGGGGGGGGGGUUUGGUGGGGAGGGGGGGUGGUUUGGUGGAGAGGGAGGGGAGGGGGGGGUGGGGGGGGGGGGGGAGUGGUUUAGUGGAGAGGGGGGGGGGGGGUUUGGUGGAGAGGGAGGGGGGGGUGGUUUGGUGGAGAGGGAGGGGGGGGGGGGAGGGUUUGGUGGAGAGGGGGGGGGGGGGGAGUGGUUUAGUGGAGAGGGGGGGGGGGGGGGGGGUGGUUUGGUGGAGAGGGAGGGGGGGGGGGGGGGUUUGGUGGAGAGGGAGGGGAGGGGGGAGUGGUUGUGGGGAGAGGGGGGGGGGGGGUGGUUUGGUGAGAGGGGGGGGGGGGGGGGGGGUUUGGUCGAGGGGGGGGGGGGGGUGGUUUGGUGGAGGGGGGGGGGGGGUGGGUUUAGUGGAGAGGGGGGGGGGGGGGUGGUUUGGUGGGGAGGUAGGGGAGGGGGGGGGUGGUUUAGUGGAGAGGGAGGGGGGGGGGGGUGGUUUGGUGGAGAGGUAGGGGAGGGGGGAGUGGUUUGGUGGAGAGGGGGGGGAGGGGGGGGGGGGGUGGGGAGGGAGGGGAGGGGGGGGGGUUUGGUGGUGAGGGAGGGGGGGGGGGUGGUUUGGGGAGAGGGAGGGGAGGGGGGGGUGGUUUGGUGGAGGGGGAGGGGAGGGGGGGGGGUUUGGGGGGGGGGGGGGGGGGGGGGGGGUGGUUGGGGGAGGGGGGGGGGGGGGGAGGGGUUUGGUGGAGAGGGAGGGGGGGGGGGUGGUUGGGUGGGGAGGGAGGGGGGGGGGGGGGGUUUGGUGGUGGGGGGGGGGGGGGGGAGUGGUUUAGUGGAGAGGGAGGGGGGGGGGGGUGGGGGUGGAGAGGGAGGGGGGGGGGGGGUGGUUUAG